GAACAAACUCACCAAAAUGGAAAAGGGUUAAAAAGAAAAAAUUAAGCUGAUAAGAAUUAACAAUUACGAAUCAAUCAUUAACUAUAACUGUCACUUACUUAUCAUAGACCUAUACAUUUCAUCAAUCCCAAAGCAUAAACAUACACACAUAUACACAUAACUAUACACAUCAUGGCUGGAUUAGAACAAUCAUUAUUUCAAUUGAAAUUCACUGCUAAACAAUUAAACAGACAAGCUGCUAAAGCUGCCAAAGAAGAAUUACAAGAAAAGACUAAAAUAAAGAAAGCCUUAACUCAAGGAAACAAUGAUAUUGCUCAAUUAUACGCUCAGAACGCUAUUCGUAAAUCUAACGAACGGGUCAAUCUCUUACGAUUAGCCUCUAGGAUUGAUGCUGUGGCUUCAAGAGUUCAAACUGCCGUCACUAUGAGAUCAGUAACGGGGAAUAUGACUCAAGUUAUAAGAGGUAUGGAUAAAGCUUUACAAACGAUGAAUUUAGAAAGAAUAUCUUUGGUGAUGGAUAAAUUUGAAAAUCAAUUUGAAGAUUUGGAUUCAGCUACAAAUUAUUAUGAAUCAGCUACUAAUAAUGUAAAUGCUUUAACUACUCCACAAGAUCAAGUUGAUGAAUUAUUAAGUCAAGUGGCUGAUGAAGCAGGUAUAGAAAUGAAACAAGGUUUGAAUGAAACUCAAGUUGAAAUCUCUGCUCCUCAAGUUAGUAAUAUGACUGAAGAAAAAGAAGAUAAAUUAGCUGAACGUUUAAGAGCUUUAAGAAAUUAAUUAAGAGUCAUUUUAUUCUAUUCAUUUUUUACGAAAAUAAUCAUUUACUUCACGAUAUGUCAUUUAGUAUUUUUCAUUUCUCUACGUUUUACAAUAAUAACACUAUUGUAAUUAA